AUGGCUGGGUCUGGAGUUCUGCUGCUGCUGCUGCUGCUGCUGCUCUGCACUGUAGUGCCCUCACAUCUGUCCAACCGUCUGAGUCUCACUGAGGACUGUGCUCUGAAGAUCCAACAUGUUCUCCCAGACGAGACAGGACUGUAUCAGUGUUUACAGCUCGUCUCUCCAGACGAACCAUCACCACCUGAGAGUCUGUCCGUCGUCUCACUGAUUGAGGAAGAGGACCUGCAGGGUUCGAAGCUGUGGUGUGAGGUCAGUUCUGUGUCUGGCAUCAGCGUGAGAUGGCUGCACCAGGGGAGAUCCGUGGACCAAGACACUUCAGAGAUUAUAAUCAGAUACCUGAGGAAAGCCUCCGUCCUCAGUCUGCCCAAAAAUCCCUUCCUUUAUCAAGUAAAACAUCUGCUUGAAUGCGAAGUGACGGAACAUGGAACGUGUAAACGGAUCUUCAGCUUCAUAAAGACUCCAGAUGGACCCACCCGCUCUGGUCUGAAGCUGCGGUAUCUGGUGGUCAGUGUUCUCCUGAGCUCUCUGCUGCUCUGCCUCAGUGUUACCGUCCUCUACACUUACAUCUCAGGGUGCAAACGAAAGAGCGACCAGAGCACUGAGGAAGCAGUUUUUUAUGAAGACCUCAGAGAAUCUUUAGCUGCCCUCAGAAUCCUCAGACACACGGUGCAGUGA